GCCAGCCGAGAUCUCGGGCUCUGGGGCUGAAGCAGGAGGAAGGAAGGACUGGAAGGAAAAGAGGCACGUUCAGAAGGGAAGAGAGGCUCAAGAAGAAAACAGCAGAAAAUAAACUGCUUGCUUUAUUUACCGAAGCAAGUUAAGGACAGAGGGAGACGAGAAGAUGAAAGCUAAACGAUGCCAAUAGAGCGAAAGAAGGGGGGGGAAUGUCCAGAAGAACGUCCAUCCGGAGAGAUGUAGAGAAUGAAAGUUUUAUGCUGCAGAGCCGUGCUGUGUUUUUCCAGUACAAAAUUCUCUCGCUGUUUUUAAGCCCUCUCGCGUUUGCCAGCCGUUGACAUUAGAGGCAUGUUCAGCGGUGCCACCAGCCUCUCCUCUUCCUCUUCAUCUUCCUCCUCCUCCCUUUCUUCCUCCUCAUUCUCCUCCCAUCAGCAAGAAGACAAACCGAGGACAGUCUUGAAAUAUCGCAAUUUCCUUGGGAUUUGGCAGCGCCGCGUUGCGCCAAGACUGUCGGAAUAAAGGACGCUGACUAUUGUACUAUCAUUAUUUUAUUAAUUGGUCGGUGGGAAGAUUACAGAUGAGAAAGGGGGCAUCUGUCACCUUUCUUGAAAGAAAAAAAAAUGCGGAUGCAUUUGGGGGCUCUCUAAAAUGAAGCAAAAUAAAUAGUUUUUAAUUUUUUUAAGAAAAACAAUUCCACAGAACCCCCACACGUAGUACACAUUUAUUUGAAUUUUUUGAAUAUUUUUUCUUUUCUUUUUGUUCGUGUGGGGGGGGAGGUAAUCGGGUGGCUGGCUGGCUCCAGGAAGCUUCUUUGGACAUGAUUGUGCUAUUCCUCUUUUCCUUGCUCUGGAUGGUAGAAGGAGUCUUUCCCCAGCUUCAUUACACGGUGCAGGAGGAACAGGAACAUGGCACUUUCGUGGGGAAUAUCGCUGAAGAUCUGGGCUUGGACAUUACAAAACUUUCAGCUCGCAGAUUUCAGACCGUGGCCAACUCACGGACCCCUUACUUGGACCUCAACCUGGAGACUGGGGUGCUGUACGUAAAUGAGAAAAUCGACCGCGAACAAAUCUGUAAGCAGAGCCCCUCUUGCGUCCUGCACCUAGAGGUCUUCCUGGAGAACCCCCUGGAACUGUUCAGGGUGGAGAUUGAAGUGCUGGACAUUAAUGACAAUCCUCCCUCCUUCCCGGAGCCCGACCUCACGGUGGAAAUCUCAGAGAGCGCCACGCCAGGCACGCGCUUCCCCUUGGAGAGCGCAUUCGACCCAGACGUGGGCACCAACUCCUUGCGAGACUACGAGAUCACCCCGAACAGCUACUUCUCCCUGGACGUGCAGACCCAAGGGGAUGGCAACCGAUUCGCCGAGCUGGUGCUGGAGAAGCCACUGGACCGGGAGCAACAAGCGGUGCACCGCUACGUGCUGACCGCGGUGGACGGGGGCGGAGGAGGGGGAGGUGGAGGGGAAGGAGGAGGGGGAGGUGGCGGGGGAGCCGGCCUGCCCCCCCAGCAGCAGCGCACCGGUACGGCCCUGCUCACCAUCCGAGUGCUGGACUCCAACGACAACGUGCCCGCGUUCGACCAACCCGUCUACACCGUGUCCCUCCCGGAGAACUCGCCGCCGGGUACCCUGGUCAUCCAGCUCAAUGCCACCGAUCCGGACGAAGGCCAGAACGGGGAGGUCGUGUACUCCUUCAGCAGUCACAUUUCACCCCGGGCUCGGGAGCUCUUCGGACUGUCGCCUCGCACUGGUCGCUUGGAGGUGAGUGGCGAGCUGGACUAUGAAGAGAGCCCUGUAUACCAGGUGUAUGUCCAAGCCAAGGACCUGGGCCCCAACGCCGUGCCCGCGCACUGCAAGGUGCUGGUGCGGGUGCUGGAUGCCAAUGACAACGCGCCCGAGAUCAGCUUCAGCACCGUGAAGGAGGCGGUGAGCGAGGGCGCGGCGCCGGGUACCGUGGUGGCCCUGUUCAGCGUGACCGAUCGCGACUCGGAGGAGAACGGGCAGGUGCAGUGCGAGCUCCUGGGGGACGUGCCCUUCCGCCUCAAGUCCUCCUUCAAAAACUACUAUACCAUCGUCACCGAGGCGCCCUUGGACCGAGAGGCCGGGGACUCCUAUACUCUGACGGUCGUGGCCCGCGACCGAGGCGAGCCCGCGCUGUCCACCAGUAAAUCCAUCCAGGUGCAGGUGUCGGACGUGAACGACAACGCGCCCCGCUUCAGCCAGCCUGUCUACGACGUGUAUGUGACCGAAAACAACGUGCCCGGCGCCUACAUCUACGCGGUGAGCGCCACGGACCGGGACGAAGGGGCCAAUGCCGAGCUAGCCUACUCCAUCCUGGAGUGCCAGAUUCAGGGCAUGAGCGUGUUCACCUACGUGUCCAUCAACUCGGAGAACGGCUACCUGUACGCCCUGCGCUCUUUCGACUAUGAGCAGCUCAAAGACUUCAGCUUUCAAGUGGAAGCCCGGGACGCCGGCAGCCCGCAGGCGCUGGCGGGCAACGCCACGGUCAACAUCCUCAUCGUGGAUCAGAAUGACAACGCCCCCGCCAUUGUGGCACCCCUCCCGGGGCGCAACGGAACUCCCGCCCGUGAGGUGCUCCCGCGUUCCGCCGAGCCGGGCUACCUGCUCACCCGCGUGGCCGCGGUGGACGCCGACGACGGCGAGAACGCGCGGCUCACCUACAGCAUCGUGCGUGGCAACGAGAUGAACCUGUUCCGCAUGGACUGGCGCACCGGGGAGCUCCGCACCGCGCGCCGGGUCCCCGCCAAGCGCGACCCCCAGCGGCCUUACGAGCUGGUAAUCGAGGUUCGCGACCACGGUCAGCCUCCCCUGUCCUCCACGGCCACCCUGGUGGUUCAGCUGGUGGACGGCGCCGUGGAGCCCCAGGGCGGGGGCGGGGGAGGAGGUGCAGGGUCCGGGGAGCACCAGCGUCCCAGUCGCGCUGGUGGCGGGGAGAACUCGCUGGACCUCACGCUCAUCCUCAUCAUCGCGCUGGGCUCCGUGUCCUUCAUCUUCCUGCUGGCCAUGAUUGUGCUAGCCGUGCGGUGUCAGAAGGAGAAAAAGCUCAACAUAUACACGUGUCUGGCGAGCGACUGCUGCCUCUGCUGCUGCUGCUGCGGCGGUGGGGGCUCCACCUGCUGCGGCCGCCAAGCCCGGGCGCGCAAGAAGAAACUCAGUAAAUCGGACAUUAUGCUGGUACAGAGCUCUAACGUACCGAGCAACCCCGCCCAGGUGCCCGUGGAGGAGUCCGGGGGCUUUGGUUCCCACCACCACAACCAGAAUUACUGCUACCAGGUCUGCCUCACCCCAGAGUCCGCCAAGACCGACCUGAUGUUCCUCAAACCAUGUAGCCCUUCCCGGAGUACAGACACUGAGCACAAUCCCUGUGGGGCCAUCGUCACCGGGUACAGCGACCAGCAGCCCGACAUCAUCUCCAACGGAAGCAUUUUGUCCAACGAGACUAAACACCAGCGAGCAGAGCUCAGCUAUCUGGUUGACAGACCACGCCGAGUUAACAGUUCUGCAUUCCAGGAGGCUGACAUAGUAAGCUCUAAGGACAGUGGUCAUGGGGACAGUGAACAGGGAGACAGUGAUCAUGAUGUCACCAACCGUGGCCAGUCAGCCGGUAUGGAUCUCUUCUCUAACUGCACCGAGGAGUGUAAGGCACUGGGCCACUCAGAUCGCUGCUGGAUGCCUUCUUUUGUUCCUUCUGACGGGCGCCAGGCUGCGGAUUAUCGCAGCAACCUGCAUGUCCCUGGCAUGGACUCUGUUCCAGACACCGAAGUGUUUGAACCUCCAGAAGCCCAGCCUGGGACAGAGCGAUCCUUCUCCACAUUUGGCAAAGAGAAGGCCCUUCAUGGAACGCUGGAGAGGAAAGAGCUGGAUGGACUGCUGUCUAAUACACGAGCGCCUUACAAACCACCAUAUUUGACACGGAAAAGGAUAUGCUAGUCAAUUCUACAGAGCUUACCUGAAGCAGCAUGAUUUGCACAAAGUCGACCAACAAAAGCAUCAACUUUUCAACUUCAUUAUCUUGGCCAUCCAGUUAGUUGUAUGUAGCUGAGUCUUAGAUUUCCAGCGGAGUCAUCGUGGCCACAUAUAGGACCCACUUGCUCUCAGCAGGCCUGAGAAAUGAGUUGAAAUGUGCAGAACUGUAGGAACUUUAGAGGCAACUGUCUUUGCCUCUCUGAUCAGUGUGUGCCUGUUUACAGCACUCUAUAUCUUUCUCUCUUCAAAUGUCACUGAGCCCUUUAGAUGUUUAUAUUCACCACGAGAAGCCAGUCAUCAAGAUAAAAGAAAUUUGUGCAUUAUAAAUGCAAUAUUACUGUUUUAAACUUGACUGUUUUAUAUUAUUUUUGUGUGAUCAAGUGUUUCCCAAGCUAUUCAAACUUUACAAGAGAGAUUGUAACUAUGUUCUCACCUGUGGGCUAUUAAACAUGUUGUAUUCUGAAGACCCACAAAAUAUCAAAGACAUUCUGUAGUUUAUACACCGUGUUGGAAAAGUGUUUACUGUACUAUUUCAAAGCUUCUAAAUAAAUAUAAAAUAUAUAUAUUAUAUUAUAUAAUUUUCCUAAAAUGUGGUACAAAUCAGUUGGUUUUUAAAUGGCUUCAUAAAAUACACAUCAUACAAUAAAACAAAAGGUAAUUCAGGGUUGCUAAAAUAAACUAACUAAGAAACAAUACCAUUAAUAGUUUCCUGUCAGUUAUCAUGUCUUAUUUGACCCUGUUUAUCCUUGUUUAAAAGAGAAUGGAUCUCUAAACUACAAUAUUGUCAAGACUCAUAAUGAAUUUACAAUGCCAAAGAUGUAGCUGUUAACAUUAUUAAAUGGAACAUUUAAUAUACAAUAUCAGAUAUCUAACAGUCUACAUGAUUCCAAUUCUAUUUCUAUGGCUUUGAACUCGGAAUCACUUAAAGGUUUUAUAAAAGAUCUAUACAUUCACCUGUAUUUGUUGUUAGAAAAAAAAUAGAUGUCUGUACAUUUUUGUGGUGUAAAAUAUGUAACUGAAGAUUACUAUUUUAAGAAGUCCUUAGUCAUAUCAUUCACAUAGGAUUUUAUUU